CUCCGGGUGAUUUGAUGAUCAUUUCACAGUCAUUUUGUCUUAUUACGUCGUUAGUCAAAGUGUCCGAAGACGGCCUCUGCCCCUCCUGCCGACGUUAUCCACUUGAAAGCGUGGCAUUAUAAAGUUCAAAGCCCGAGACCAAACCCCUCACAUGGUGAGUAAUUCGACAGGCAACGGCACUGUUCGCAUUUCUUUUCAUGACCACAGCGGCAGCGGCAACUUAAAAAUGGCGAAUCAGAAGAUCAGGCUCGCAACAUCCUCUCCCGGAACACAAGGGACACUCAAGGAGACUCUCGCGCAUCUUCAUCAGAUCGCGCGACGCGCGGCCGCCGAGAAGGCGGAUAUACUCCUGCUCCCGGAAGCUUAUCUUGGCGGGUACCCACGCGGCACUUAUUUCGGGUGCAAGAUCGGCUCACGCACAGCUGAGGGCCGCGAUGAGUAUCUGCAGUAUUUCAAGAACGCAGUGGACCUGGGAGACACCGUCGGCGGUGGUGCGGGAGCCGGAGACGCCUGGGUCAAGCGACAACUGGGCGGCAACUCCGUCGAGGGAAAGACGAGUAAGGAGGGCCCACCUCAGCGCGGCGAUGGCACGCGCGAGGAGCUCGAGCGCAUUUCCAGGGAGACUGGGGUCUUUGUAGUCACUGGACUGAUCGAGAAGGCUGGAGGUAGCCUAUACUGCUCAGCAGUUUAUGUCUGCCCGAAAUUGGGCAUAAUCGGCAAGAGGAGGAAAACGCAGCCGACUGGUACAGAACGCCUCGUCUGGGCCCAAGGUUCGCCCGCAACCUUGAAAGCGGUGAGCACGACGAUCAAGGGCGUCCGAAUCAACCUCGCCGCCGCCAUCUGCUGGGAAAACUACAUGCCCCUGUUACGACAGACCCUCUACCAACAAAACAUCAACCUCUACCUCGCCCCCACGGCCGACGGCCGGGACGCCUGGCUCUCGACCAUGCGGACGAUCGGGCUCGAGGGGCGCUGCUUCGUCGUCAGCUCCAACAUGUGCGUCCGCAGCAGUGGGGCCACCACCAGGAAGCAACCUGAGCCACGGGAGCCUACCGGCGCCGCAAACGCAAGCGCGUACAGCAAAGGCGUCGGCGCGCAGGCGGCCGGCGAGCAGGUCAACGGCAUCCCGGAGUCGCACCCCCGCGGCGGCGGUCGGCGCAAUUCGUGCUUCACGGAGGAGGGCUUCGAGAUCGCGCUGCCCGGGACCGUGGGGGAGGGGCAUGAGGAGGAGGAGGAAGAGGCGGCGUUUUCGCGCUCCAGGGGACAGAGGCGCCGGUCCGUGUUCGACGGGGACGGCAACGAGAUCGUGCUCUGUGGGCAGGACACGGGCGCCGUGAUUGAGGAGGAGAAGGAGGAAGAGGAGGAGGAGGCGACCGAGGAGGCGCCGGCCUCCAAGACGACGACAACGGCUGGGGGCAAGGCCGCCGACGAGUUCGUCUCCCGCGGGGGCUCGUGCAUCGUCUCGCCGUUUGGCGAUGUCGUGGCCGGCCCGCAGUGGGAGGACGAGGAGGGCAUCAUCUACGCCGACGUCGAUUUCGAGGACUGCGUCCGUGGGCGGCUGGACAUCGACGUGGCGGGCAGCUACUCGAGGAACGAUUCGUUCAGGUUUGAGGUUGAAGGCUUGGAUAUGGACCCGUUGCCCUAUUACUGAGAUUGCCGUUCAUGUAGUCGUAGGGCUUGGAGCAUAGGAUGUAAAAUUGUAUCUUUUCUUCUUCUUCUUAGAUAGCCACUAUAUAUGUAUUCUUGAGGGCACGCUGUGAUGCAUUGCUGAUGGUUUGUUGGAUGAAUGUUUCACAAUAAAGCGGAAGAAGGAAACCGAAGACCAGGAAGUAUUGUUAUGCGCUGGCCAGGAGUGGAUUUACAUUGCUUGAAAGACGUCAGUACCAAGAAAUAUAGACUCAGCCUCAACUAGGAGAUAUCUGUUCACCGACCAGUAAGCUAACAGAGUAGAGUCAUGGGUAUUAAGAUGGCCGUCAGAAACUACUUCAGUAGGUGCCUGUUCCGUCCAAGAACAGCACUUGAAAAAGAUAGGACAUUAUAGAGUUGGC